AUGUCAGGACGUACACUAGCUACUACAUCUGCACCAACUCCAGCGUCUGGAUCAGCAGCAGAUAUGGUUUCUACAUGUGCUUCACCAUCUAGAGUUUUUUAUAAUCAAGCAAAAAAUAUACGGCAAAUUGAAGUUUCUACAAUAAGUGGUAAUAUGGGUAUUCUUGCUCAUCAAGCACCUAUUCUUAGUGUACUUAAGCCAGGUGCUGUCUCUGGGUUUCAAUCACAUGGAAAUACAAAAACGAUUUUUUGUAGUGGCUUAGUUGGUGUUCAUCCAGAUUCAAGUAUUCAACUAUUAGCUGAAAAAGCAACACCUAUUGAAAAUCUUGAUUGUAAAGCUACCCGAAAUGCUCUAUCUGAAGCUCAAAUUGAAAUUGAUUGUGCUUAA